GGGGUUUAGUGCCUGCCAAAGCACUGUCACGAAUCAGCAUUGUCAGAAGGCUCAGAUAGGUCGCCCUUUGGUGACUGGGCGCAGCGGUGCGGCCGUUCUUGUUCGCGCAUCAUCAGGAGAGCGUUGGCGCGCUGCAGCGGCGUCGCCUGUGGCUUUCGCGCACACCUCUAGGAAACUUUGUGGCCGGCAGCUCGCGCCUGUCGCGCCGACGCGCCGGGGGCCCAGCUCGGCGCCUCUACAGCCUGUAAGUGCUCUCCCACUCGCCACCCUGGCGCUCACGCUGGACCUCGCGGGGGCCAUCGCCAUGGCAAAGCUCCUUGCCUCGGCGGUGGCUCUGGGCACGGCCGUCCUGAGCGCGGCGGCCUGGCUCGAUGCGCGUCGCAAGACCCAGAAACCCACGGUGGAGUGCCACCCCACGGAGUUCAACAAGCGGGUGCUGGCGGCCUGCCCCAGCCUCAACCUGCCCUACCAGCCCAUCAUAUUCAUGACCAACCCGCACGUGGAAACCAUCUUCGCGGCCAAGACGCGCGUUGCCCCCGCCGUGCGCUACCAGCGGGAGAUCCUGCACACCAGCGACGGCGGCUGCGUGGCGCUGGACUGGCAGUGGGAGCCAGACAGCGACCAGGCGCUGCCCGCCGACGCGCCGGUGCUGGUUCUGCUGCCCGGCCUCACGGGCGGCAGCGGCGACUCGUACGUGUCGCACGCGGUGCUGUCGGCGCGCGCCGCCGGCAUGCGCGCGGUGGUGUUCAACAGCCGCGGCACCGCAGACAGCCCAGUCAUCACGCCGCAGUUCUACAGCGCCAGCUUCACGGGGGACACGCGUGCGGUGGUGGCGCACGUGGCCCGGCGCUACCCCGCCUCCCGCGCGCUGCUGGCUGCGGGCUGGAGCCUGGGCGCCAACAUCCUGCUGCGCUACCUGGGCGAGGAGGGGCCCGCCACGCCGCUGCAGGCCGCAGUGUCCAUGUGCAACCCGUUCAACCUCACCAUCAGCAACCAGGGCCUCAAGAGCGGCUUCUCGCGCAUCUACGACCUCAACCUGGCCACCUCGCUGCGCAACAUCUUUAUGAAGCACGCGCUGCUGUGGACCGGCAUGCCGCCGCCCUUCCGCCCCGAUGACGUGGCGGCCGGGCGCUGCCCCACCAUCCGCGACUUCGAUGACGCCAUCACCAUCCACUCCUUCGGCUGGCCCUCCGUGGACGCCUACUACGCCGGCUCCAGCUCUGCGCUGUCCGUGCCGCACCUGCCCGUGCCCACGCUAUGCAUCCAGGCGCUGGACGACCCCAUUGCGCCCAAGGAGGCCACGCCCUUCGAGGCCCUGCGCGCGCAGCCGCUGGCCACCACCGUCACCACCCUCACCGGCGGCCACCUGGGCUGGGUGGAGGCCCGCACCGGGGCCACCGGCGCCCCCUGGUCCAACGCCGUCAUGUUCGAGUGGCUGAGCGCCGUGGUGGAGGAGGUGGGCGGCGGCAAGCAGCAGCAGCAGCAGAAGCAGCAGGAGGCGGAGGAGCUGGUGCGGAAGACGGAGGAGGUGGCGGCGGUGGUGGCGCGCGUGGGCGCGUGAGCGGCGGGGAGGAGGAGCAGCGUGCAGGCGGAGGCGCUGGCUGCUGCUGGUGGAAGCCGGAGGAGCAGGCGGAGGUGAGAGGGGCUGGAGAUGAAGUGUGCAUCAUUUUUUUGAAUGUCCGGAUUUGCGGGGAUGCCAAAGGCCCCCAACAUAGAGGCGUGUGCUUAGUAGGCGCCCGCGUCAAGGUGGCUGGGUUGAUAACGACCCGGGAGGGGAGGGCUCAGCCCUUUUCCUGCCUCCCUAAGGCAGCCACCUCCUUGUUUGAAUAUUGUAUGAGGGCGGCAGUGAGUGAGUUACGCGCAGGUGGAGGUGCGGGUGUGUGAUUGGGGCUGAAGAUUAUGGCAAACAAACACUCAGAGUGAGUAUGGAGUUGGGAGUGGCGACGGCUGUACGUGCGGUGCCGCGAAGCACACUGAGUCGUGCCCCCACAGCUGUCACAACGAAGAUUCAUAACUGCGCAAGAAUUUGAAUCAAGCAGGAUGUUCAUACGUUUAGCACGGUGAGGCGACAGCAGUCUUGGGCAAAUGUGUAAACGCAGGUACCGUAAGUGAUGCAUUUGAGGAAUGCAGGAUACACAGCUGCGCAUCGGUCGGGAGGCAGCCUGCGGGCGAGGGAGGUCACGGCCGCACAUGAGGGGCGACAGAGAGUGACGAUGGGGGCGGUGUGGCGUUCAUGGCAGCACCUGGGAAGGCACCUGGGGAUGAUGUCUUGAUGCCAUGAGUGUGAGUAAACCAAUCUAGGCGGCAGGGAUGCAGUUGUGCCAGGCUGCUGUGCCUGUAAACCACGGAAUAC